AUGAACAAGUCGGUUCGUCAUGAGGUGGUGAGUCGCGUGAUAGAGGGCGUGGGAUUCGGAUUCUACACGGCGGACGAGGUGCGCGCCAUCAGCGUGAGGCGCAUCACCAAUCCGUUGCUAUUCGACGGGCUGCGCAGCCCUGCUGCUGGGGGCCUCUAUGACCCCGCUCUCGGCCCCGUCGAUAAGUCUGAUCUGGGGUACUUCCAUUGCCCAGGGCACUUCGGCCACCUGGAGCUGGCCCUGCCAGUGUACCACCCGCUGCUCUUCUCGCUCCUCGUGAAGCUGCUGCGCUGCGUGUGCCUGCGCUGCCACCAUCUCAAGCUGCUGUCUGCCGUGUCGAAGCUGUAUGCGCUGCGGCUGGCGCUGAUUUCCCAGGGGCGGCUGAGGGAGGCUCAGGAGCUGGGGCAGAAAAUGCCCCCUAAGGCCGCCAAGCAUUCGAAGCUGUAUGCUCUGCGGCUAGCGCUGAUCUCCCAGGGGCGGCUGAGGGAGGCUCAGGAGCUGGGGCAGAAAAUGCCCCCCAAGGCCAAGCGGAGAGGCUGGGGCAAGGGGAAUGGGAAAGGAAAGGGAGGAGAAGGAGGGGGCCUAGGGGGAGGAAAAGGAGCAGCGAAGGCUGUAUAUGUGUCUGGGCCAGCAGGGGCAGUAGAUGAUGAUGAUGAGGAGGAGGAUGAGGAGGAGGAGGGGGAGGAGGGGAAGAAAGGAGCAGAGGAAAUGGAUAUUGAUGGGUCGUGGAAAGCCGAAGCUGAGAAGGCUGCUGCUGCAGCAGCAGAAGCAGCUGCUGCUGCCGGGGAAGUCGAAGAGGGGGAUGUGUUGGGGGAGGGGGAAGGGGGAGGGGGUGGGGAGGAGAGGUGGUCGUGGGCGGCGGAGGUGGCGGCGCGGGAGGUGGUGCGGGAGCUGUGGAGUGUGGUGCCGCCCUCCAAGUGCCAGAACUGCUUUGCCAACAACCCCAGCGUCAAGCGGGAGGGCCACAGCAAGAUCUUCCGAGUCCUGGGUUUAGGGGUUGGGGGGUUUCAAGGGGCGGCAGAGGUGGCGGCGCGGGAGGUGGUGCGGGAGCUGUGGAGUGUGGUGCCGCCCUCCAAGUGCCAGAACUGCUUUGCCAACAACCCCAGCGUCAAGAAGGAGGGCCACAGCAAGAUCUUCCGAAACUGCUUUGCCAACAACCCCAGCGUCAAGCGGGAGGGCCACAGCAAGAUCUUCCGAGUACGGUUUUACGGUUCACGAUUCUGCACACCCUCCUCCCUCCUGCCUACCGCCAUCCGCUCCACAUUCCCUGCUUUGAGUCCUUCAGAAGCUGCUGUUGGCGAAGCAGCAGCAGCAGAACUACUUGCGGAGCUUCACCUUUCCGCUACCACCCAAUUCCACCUCCCCACCCCCAUUUCCGCCUCAUCAUCCCCCAUUUCCACCUCCCCACCCCCCAUUUCCGCCUCAUCAUCCCCCAUUUCCACCUCCCCACCCCCAUUUCCGCCUCAUCAUCCCCCAUUUCCACCUCCCCACCCCCCAUUUCCAUCCACCUCCCCACUCUCCCAGAAACCUCUGGCAUUGAAGCCGCAGCACCAGAACGACCUGAACGGAUUCACCUUCCCAGACAAACCUCUGGCACUGAAGCCGCAGCACCAGAACGACCUGAGCGGAUUCACCUUCCCAGACGUGCUGGCAGAGCUGGCCGAAGCCGCAGCUUCGGGCAACGACCCCGCUGACAUCAGCAUCGCCCCGGACGGCGAACUUCGGAGCUACACCAAACCUCUGGCAUUGAAGCCGCAGCACCAGAACGACCUGAACGGAUUCACCUUCCCAGACGUGCUCGCAGAACUGGCAGACGCCGCAGCCUCCGGCACGGACCCCGCAGACAUCAACAUCGCCCCGGACGGGGAACUCCGGAGCUACACCGUGGACGGAAACGGAAGCGGAGAGAAACGCAUGCUGCUGAGGGAAGAGGAGGACAGCGAUGACGAGAUGUUUGCAGCAGCAGCGAAGCGGAAGAGGGGGACGGGAGGAAGGGGAGUGGGAGAGGCGGGGACGAGGCGGCCGUUUCUGAUGAAUGUGGCGGAGGUGGAGGAGCAUUUGAGACGGCUGUGGAUCCGCGAACCUGCUAUCUGCAACGCGCUCUUUGGCACCUCCUCCCCCGCCUCGCACUCCUCCACUCACUCCCACGGCCACUCUGCUGCGGGUCUCUCGCCGUACCACCACAAGCGGUACUACUACCAGCAGCAGCAGGGCGUGGGGCAGCACGGGCAGCAGCAUGGGGGCGGUGGUGGUGGUGGUGGUGGUGGUGGUGGGGCUCCGACGUGGCCGUCUGCGUUCUUCCUGCGCUGCCUGCUCGUGCCGCCCAACAAGUUCCGUCCCCCCAACAUCAUGAACGAUAUGGCUGCGCGCAUGGGGGGCCUGGUUGUGGCUCUCUCGCCGUACCAUCACAAGCGGUACUACUACCAGCAGCAGCAGCAGGGCGUGGGGGAGCAGCAUGGGGGGGGUGGUGGUGGUGAUGGGGCUCCGACGUGGCCGUCUGCGUUCUUCCUGCGCUUCCUGCUCGUGCCGCCCAACAAGUUCCGUCCCCCCAACAUCAUGAACGACAUGCUGCUGGAGCACGCUCAGAACGUCUUUCUCACGAAGAUCCUCGAGGCCAACCUCUUCAUCACCCAGAUCGGCCGAGAGGCCGCCGCCACUGCUGCCGCCGCCGCCGCCGCCGCCGCCGGUAACGCUGCUGCAGGUGCUGGCACUGCUGCUGGUGGUGCUGGUGCUGAGGGGGAGGGGGGCGGUCAGCAGCUGGCGAAGCUGGUGUAUACGGCGGGGGUGGAUGGCGGAGGGGGAGCGGCGGCGGAGGGGGCGGAUAUAGGCGCAACGGAAGUGAGGAAGGCUGCCAUUGCUGGCUCAGUGGCAGUGAGUGGUGGGUGGGCAGGCAGUGGCUCAGUGGCAGUGAGUGGUGGGUGGGCAGGCAGUGGCUCAGUGGCAGUGAGUGGUGGGUGGGCAGGCAGUGGCUCAGUGGCAGUGAGUGGUGGGUGGGCAGGCAGUGGCUCAGUGGCAGUGAGUGGUGGGUGGGCAGGCAGUGGCUCAGUGGCAGUGAGUGGUGGGUGGGCAGGCAGUGGCUCAGUGGCAGUGAGUGGUGGGUGGGCAGGCAGUGGCUCAGUGGCAGUGAGUGGUGGGUGGGCAGGCAGUGGCUCAGUGGCAGUGAGUGGUGGGUGGGCAGGCAGUGGCUCAGUGGCAGUGAGUGGUGGGUGGGCAGGCAGUGGCUCAGUGGCAGUGAGUGGUGGGUGGGCAGGCAGUGGCUCAGUGGCAGUGAGUGGUGGGUGGGCAGGCAGUGGCUCAGUGGCAGUGAGUGGUGGGUGGGCAGGCAGUGGCUCAGUGGCAGUGAGUGGUGGGUGGGCAGGCAGUGGCUCAGUGGCAGUGAGUGGUGGGUGGGCAGGCAGUGGCUCAGUGGCAGUGAGUGGUGGGUGGGCAGGCAGUGGCUCAGUGGCAGUGAGUGGUGGGUGGGCAGGCAGUGGCUCAGUGGCAGUGAGUGGUGGGUGGGCAGGCAGUGGCUCAGUGGCAGUGAGUGGUGGGUGGGCAGGCAGUGGCUCAGUGGCAGUGAGUGGUGGGUGGGCAGGCAGUGGCUCAGUGGCAGUGAGUGGUGGGUGGGCAGGCAGUGGCUCAGUGGCAGUGAGUGGUGGGUGGGCAGGCAGUGGCUCAGUGGCAGUGAGUGGUGGGUGGGCAGGCAGUGGCUCAGUGGCAGUGAGUGGUGGGUGGGCAGGCAGUGGCUCAGUGGCAGUGAGUGGUGGGUGGGCAGGCAGUGGCUCAGUGGCAGUGAGUGGUGGGUGGGCAGGCAGUGGCUCAGUGGCAGUGAGUGGUGGGUGGGCAGGCAGUGGCUCAGUGGCAGUGAGUGGUGGGUGGGCAGGCAGUGGCUCAGUGGCAGUGAGUGGUGGGUGGGCAGGCAGUGGCUCAGUGGCAGUGAGUGGUGGGUGGGCAGGCAGUGGCUCAGUGGCAGUGAGUGGUGGGUGGGCAGGCAGUGGCUCAGUGGCAGUGAGUGGUGGGUGGGCAGGCAGUGGCUCAGUGGCAGUGAGUGGUGGGUGGGCAGGCAGUGGCUCAGUGGCAGUGAGUGGUGGGUGGGCAGGCAGUGGCUCAGUGGCAGUGAGUGGUGGGUGGGCAGGCAGUGGCUCAGUGGCAGUGAGUGGUGGGUGGGCAGGCAGUGGCUCAGUGGCAGUGAGUGGUGGGUGGGCAGGCAGUGGCUCAGUGGCAGUGAGUGGUGGGUGGGCAGGCAGUGGCUCAGUGGCAGUGAGUGGUGGGUGGGCAGGCAGUGGCUCAGUGGCAGUGAGUGGUGGGUGGGCAGGCAGUGGCUCAGUGGCAGUGAGUGGUGGGUGGGCAGGCAGUGGCUCAGUGGCAGUGAGUGGUGGGUGGGCAGGCAGUGGCUCAGUGGCAGUGAGUGGUGGGUGGGCAGGCAGUGGCUCAGUGGCAGUGAGUGGUGGGUGGGCAGGCAGUGGCUCAGUGGCAGUGAGUGGUGGGUGGGCAGGCAGUGGCUCAGUGGCAGUGAGUGGUGGGUGGGCAGGCAGUGGCUCAGUGGCAGUGAGUGGUGGGUGGGCAGGCAGUGGCUCAGUGGCAGUGAGUGGUGGGUGGGCAGGCAGUGGCUCAGUGGCAGUGAGUGGUGGGUGGGCAGGCAGUGGCUCAGUGGCAGUGAGUGGUGGGUGGGCAGGCAGUGGCUCAGUGGCAGUGAGUGGUGGGUGGGCAGGCAGUGGCUCAGUGGCAGUGAGUGGUGGGUGGGCAGGCAGUGGCUCAGUGGCAGUGAGUGGUGGGUGGGCAGGCAGUGGCUCAGUGGCAGUGAGUGGUGGGUGGGCAGGCAGUGGCUCAGUGGCAGUGAGUGGUGGGUGGGCAGGCAGUGGCUCAGUGGCAGUGAGUGGUGGGUGGGCAGGCAGUGGCUCAGUGGCAGUGAGUGGUGGGUGGGCAGGCAGUGGCUCAGUGGCAGUGAGUGGUGGGUGGGCAGGCAGUGGCUCAGUGGCAGUGAGUGGUGGGUGGGCAGGCAGUGGCUCAGUGGCAGUGAGUGGUGGGUGGGCAGGCAGUGGCUCAGUGGCAGUGAGUGGUGGGUGGGCAGGCAGUGGCUCAGUGGCAGUGAGUGGUGGGUGGGCAGGCAGUGGCUCAGUGGCAGUGAGUGGUGGGUGGGCAGGCAGUGGCUCAGUGGCAGUGAGUGGUGGGUGGGCAGGCAGUGGCUCAGUGGCAGUGAGUGGUGGGUGGGCAGGCAGUGGCUCAGUGGCAGUGAGUGGUGGGUGGGCAGGCAGUGGCUCAGUGGCAGUGAGUGGUGGGUGGGCAGGCAGUGGCUCAGUGGCAGUGAGUGGUGGGUGGGCAGGCAGUGGCUCAGUGGCAGUGAGUGGUGGGUGGGCAGGCAGUGGCUCAGUGGCAGUGAGUGGUGGGUGGGCAGGCAGUGGCUCAGUGGCAGUGAGUGGUGGGUGGGCAGGCAGUGGCUCAGUGGCAGUGAGUGGUGGGUGGGCAGGCAGUGGCUCAGUGGCAGUGAGUGGUGGGUGGGCAGGCAGUGGCUCAGUGGCAGUGAGUGGUGGGUGGGCAGGCAGUGGCUCAGUGGCAGUGAGUGGUGGGUGGGCAGGCAGUGGCUCAGUGGCAGUGAGUGGUGGGUGGGCAGGCAGUGGCUCAGUGGCAGUGAGUGGUGGGUGGGCAGGCAGUGGCUCAGUGGCAGUGAGUGGUGGGUGGGCAGGCAGUGGCUCAGUGGCAGUGAGUGGUGGGUGGGCAGGCAGUGGCUCAGUGGCAGUGAGUGGUGGGUGGGCAGGCAGUGGCUCAGUGGCAGUGAGUGGUGGGUGGGCAGGCAGUGGCUCAGUGGCAGUGAGUGGUGGGUGGGCAGGCAGUGGCUCAGUGGCAGUGAGUGGUGGGUGGGCAGGCAGUGGCUCAGUGGCAGUGAGUGGUGGGUGGGCAGGCAGUGGCUCAGUGGCAGUGAGUGGUGGGUGGGCAGGCAGUGGCUCAGUGGCAGUGAGUGGUGGGUGGGCAGGCAGUGGCUCAGUGGCAGUGAGUGGUGGGUGGGCAGGCAGUGGCUCAGUGGCAGUGAGUGGUGGGUGGGCAGGCAGUGGCUCAGUGGCAGUGAGUGGUGGGUGGGCAGGCAGUGGCUCAGUGGCAGUGAGUGGUGGGUGGGCAGGCAGUGGCUCAGUGGCAGUGAGUGGUGGGUGGGCAGGCAGUGGCUCAGUGGCAGUGAGUGGUGGGUGGGCAGGCAGUGGCUCAGUGGCAGUGAGUGGUGGGUGGGCAGGCAGUGGCUCAGUGGCAGUGAGUGGUGGGUGGGCAGGCAGUGGCUCAGUGGCAGUGAGUGGUGGGUGGGCAGGCAGUGGCUCAGUGGCAGUGAGUGGUGGGUGGGCAGGCAGUGGCUCAGUGGCAGUGAGUGGUGGGUGGGCAGGCAGUGGCUCAGUGGCAGUGAGUGGUGGGUGGGCAGGCAGUGGCUCAGUGGCAGUGAGUGGUGGGUGGGCAGGCAGUGGCUCAGUGGCAGUGAGUGGUGGGUGGGCAGGCAGUGGCUCAGUGGCAGUGAGUGGUGGGUGGGCAGGCAGUGGCUCAGUGGCAGUGAGUGGUGGGUGGGCAGGCAGUGGCUCAGUGGCAGUGAGUGGUGGGUGGGCAGGCAGUGGCUCAGUGGCAGUGAGUGGUGGGUGGGCAGGCAGUGGCUCAGUGGCAGUGAGUGGUGGGUGGGCAGGCAGUGGCUCAGUGGCAGUGAGUGGUGGGUGGGCAGGCAGUGGCUCAGUGGCAGUGAGUGGUGGGUGGGCAGGCAGUGGCUCAGUGGCAGUGAGUGGUGGGUGGGCAGGCAGUGGCUCAGUGGCAGUGAGUGGUGGGUGGGCAGGCAGUGGCUCAGUGGCAGUGAGUGGUGGGUGGGCAGGCAGUGGCUCAGUGGCAGUGAGUGGUGGGUGGGCAGGCAGUGGCUCAGUGGCAGUGAGUGGUGGGUGGGCAGGCAGUGGCUCAGUGGCAGUGAGUGGUGGGUGGGCAGGCAGUGGCUCAGUGGCAGUGAGUGGUGGGUGGGCAGGCAGUGGCUCAGUGGCAGUGAGUGGUGGGUGGGCAGGCAGUGGCUCAGUGGCAGUGAGUGGUGGGUGGGCAGGCAGUGGCUCAGUGGCAGUGAGUGGUGGGUGGGCAGGCAGUGGCUCAGUGGCAGUGAGUGGUGGGUGGGCAGGCAGUGGCUCAGUGGCAGUGAGUGGUGGGUGGGCAGGCAGUGGCUCAGUGGCAGUGAGUGGUGGGUGGGCAGGCAGUGGCUCAGUGGCAGUGAGUGGUGGGUGGGCAGGCAGUGGCUCAGUGGCAGUGAGUGGUGGGUGGGCAGGCAGUGGCUCAGUGGCAGUGAGUGGUGGGUGGGCAGGCAGUGGCUCAGUGGCAGUGAGUGGUGGGUGGGCAGGCAGUGGCUCAGUGGCAGUGAGUGGUGGGUGGGCAGGCAGUGGCUCAGUGGCAGUGAGUGGUGGGUGGGCAGGCAGUGGCUCAGUGGCAGUGAGUGGUGGGUGGGCAGGCAGUGGCUCAGUGGCAGUGAGUGGUGGGUGGGCAGGCAGUGGCUCAGUGGCAGUGAGUGGUGGGUGGGCAGGCAGUGGCUCAGUGGCAGUGAGUGGUGGGUGGGCAGGCAGUGGCUCAGUGGCAGUGAGUGGUGGGUGGGCAGGCAGUGGCUCAGUGGCAGUGAGUGGUGGGUGGGCAGGCAGUGGCUCAGUGGCAGUGAGUGGUGGGUGGGCAGGCAGUGGCUCAGUGGCAGUGAGUGGUGGGUGGGCAGGCAGUGGCUCAGUGGCAGUGAGUGGUGGGUGGGCAGGCAGUGGCUCAGUGGCAGUGAGUGGUGGGUGGGCAGGCAGUGGCUCAGUGGCAGUGAGUGGUGGGUGGGCAGGCAGUGGCUCAGUGGCAGUGAGUGGUGGGUGGGCAGGCAGUGGCUCAGUGGCAGUGAGUGGUGGGUGGGCAGGCAGUGGCUCAGUGGCAGUGAGUGGUGGGUGGGCAGGCAGUGGCUCAGUGGCAGUGAGUGGUGGGUGGGCAGGCAGUGGCUCAGUGGCAGUGAGUGGUGGGUGGGCAGGCAGUGGCUCAGUGGCAGUGAGUGGUGGGUGGGCAGGCAGUGGCUCAGUGGCAGUGAGUGGUGGGUGGGCAGGCAGUGGCUCAGUGGCAGUGAGUGGUGGGUGGGCAGGCAGUGGCUCAGUGGCAGUGAGUGGUGGGUGGGCAGGCAGUGGCUCAGUGGCAGUGAGUGGUGGGUGGGCAGGCAGUGGCUCAGUGGCAGUGAGUGGUGGGUGGGCAGGCAGUGGCUCAGUGGCAGUGAGUGGUGGGUGGGCAGGCAGUGGCUCAGUGGCAGUGAGUGGUGGGUGGGCAGGCAGUGGCUCAGUGGCAGUGAGUGGUGGGUGGGCAGGCAGUGGCUCAGUGGCAGUGAGUGGUGGGUGGGCAGGCAGUGGCUCAGUGGCAGUGAGUGGUGGGUGGGCAGGCAGUGGCUCAGUGGCAGUGAGUGGUGGGUGGGCAGGCAGUGGCUCAGUGGCAGUGAGUGGUGGGUGGGCAGGCAGUGGCUCAGUGGCAGUGAGUGGUGGGUGGGCAGGCAGUGGCUCAGUGGCAGUGAGUGGUGGGUGGGCAGGCAGUGGCUCAGUGGCAGUGAGUGGUGGGUGGGCAGGCAGUGGCUCAGUGGCAGUGAGUGGUGGGUGGGCAGGCAGUGGCUCAGUGGCAGUGAGUGGUGGGUGGGCAGGCAGUGGCUCAGUGGCAGUGAGUGGUGGGUGGGCAGGCAGUGGCUCAGUGGCAGUGAGUGGUGGGUGGGCAGGCAGUGGCUCAGUGGCAGUGAGUGGUGGGUGGGCAGGCAGUGGCUCAGUGGCAGUGAGUGGUGGGUGGGCAGGCAGUGGCUCAGUGGCAGUGAGUGGUGGGUGGGCAGGCAGUGGCUCAGUGGCAGUGAGUGGUGGGUGGGCAGGCAGUGGCUCAGUGGCAGUGAGUGGUGGGUGGGCAGGCAGUGGCUCAGUGGCAGUGAGUGGUGGGUGGGCAGGCAGUGGCUCAGUGGCAGUGAGUGGUGGGUGGGCAGGCAGUGGCUCAGUGGCAGUGAGUGGUGGGUGGGCAGGCAGUGGCUCAGUGGCAGUGAGUGGUGGGUGGGCAGGCAGUGGCUCAGUGGCAGUGAGUGGUGGGUGGGCAGGCAGUGGCUCAGUGGCAGUGAGUGGUGGGUGGGCAGGCAGUGGCUCAGUGGCAGUGAGUGGUGGGUGGGCAGGCAGUGGCUCAGUGGCAGUGAGUGGUGGGUGGGCAGGCAGUGGCUCAGUGGCAGUGAGUGGUGGGUGGGCAGGCAGUGGCUCAGUGGCAGUGAGUGGUGGGUGGGCAGGCAGUGGCUCAGUGGCAGUGAGUGGUGGGUGGGCAGGCAGUGGCUCAGUGGCAGUGAGUGGUGGGUGGGCAGGCAGUGGCUCAGUGGCAGUGAGUGGUGGGUGGGCAGGCAGUGGCUCAGUGGCAGUGAGUGGUGGGUGGGCAGGCAGUGGCUCAGUGGCAGUGAGUGGUGGGUGGGCAGGCAGUGGCUCAGUGGCAGUGAGUGGUGGGUGGGCAGGCAGUGGCUCAGUGGCAGUGAGUGGUGGGUGGGCAGGCAGUGGCUCAGUGGCAGUGAGUGGUGGGUGGGCAGGCAGUGGCUCAGUGGCAGUGAGUGGUGGGUGGGCAGGCAGUGGCUCAGUGGCAGUGAGUGGUGGGUGGGCAGGCAGUGGCUCAGUGGCAGUGAGUGGUGGGUGGGCAGGCAGUGGCUCAGUGGCAGUGAGUGGUGGGUGGGCAGGCAGUGGCUCAGUGGCAGUGAGUGGUGGGUGGGCAGGCAGUGGCUCAGUGGCAGUGAGUGGUGGGUGGGCAGGCAGUGGCUCAGUGGCAGUGAGUGGUGGGUGGGCAGGCAGUGGCUCAGUGGCAGUGAGUGGUGGGUGGGCAGGCAGUGGCUCAGUGGCAGUGAGUGGUGGGUGGGCAGGCAGUGGCUCAGUGGCAGUGAGUGGUGGGUGGGCAGGCAGUGGCUCAGUGGCAGUGAGUGGUGGGUGGGCAGGCAGUGGCUCAGUGGCAGUGAGUGGUGGGUGGGCAGGCAGUGGCUCAGUGGCAGUGAGUGGUGGGUGGGCAGGCAGUGGCUCAGUGGCAGUGAGUGGUGGGUGGGCAGGCAGUGGCUCAGUGGCAGUGAGUGGUGGGUGGGCAGGCAGUGGCUCAGUGGCAGUGAGUGGUGGGUGGGCAGGCAGUGGCUCAGUGGCAGUGAGUGGUGGGUGGGCAGGCAGUGGCUCAGUGGCAGUGAGUGGUGGGUGGGCAGGCAGUGGCUCAGUGGCAGUGAGUGGUGGGUGGGCAGGCAGUGGCUCAGUGGCAGUGAGUGGUGGGUGGGCAGGCAGUGGCUCAGUGGCAGUGAGUGGUGGGUGGGCAGGCAGUGGCUCAGUGGCAGUGAGUGGUGGGUGGGCAGGCAGUGGCUCAGUGGCAGUGAGUGGUGGGUGGGCAGGCAGUGGCUCAGUGGCAGUGAGUGGUGGGUGGGCAGGCAGUGGCUCAGUGGCAGUGAGUGGUGGGUGGGCAGGCAGUGGCUCAGUGGCAGUGAGUGGUGGGUGGGCAGGCAGUGGCUCAGUGGCAGUGAGUGGUGGGUGGGCAGGCAGUGGCUCAGUGGCAGUGAGUGGUGGGUGGGCAGGCAGUGGCUCAGUGGCAGUGAGUGGUGGGUGGGCAGGCAGUGGCUCAGUGGCAGUGAGUGGUGGGUGGGCAGGCAGUGGCUCAGUGGCAGUGAGUGGUGGGUGGGCAGGCAGUGGCUCAGUGGCAGUGAGUGGUGGGUGGGCAGGCAGUGGCUCAGUGGCAGUGAGUGGUGGGUGGGCAGGCAGUGGCUCAGUGGCAGUGAGUGGUGGGUGGGCAGGCAGUGGCUCAGUGGCAGUGAGUGGUGGGUGGGCAGGCAGUGGCUCAGUGGCAGUGAGUGGUGGGUGGGCAGGCAGUGGCUCAGUGGCAGUGAGUGGUGGGUGGGCAGGCAGUGGCUCAGUGGCAGUGAGUGGUGGGUGGGCAGGCAGUGGCUCAGUGGCAGUGAGUGGUGGGGAAGGAAGGCAUGAAUUGGUUGGCUCGCAGAGGGACCCGGCGAACGGCAUACGGCAGCAGCUGGAGAAGAAGGAGGGGCUGUUCUACUCACAGAAGGACCCGGCCAAUGGCAUACGGCAGCAGCUGGAGAAGAAGGAGGGGCUGUUCUACUCACAGAAGGACCCGGCCAAUGGCAUACGGCAGCAGCUGGAGAAGAAGGAGGGGCUGUUCUGCUCACAGAAGGACCCGGCGAACGGCAUACGGCAGCAGCUGGAGAAGAAGGAGGGGCUGUUUCGAAUGAACAUGAUGGGCAAGCGUGUCAACUACGCCUGCCGCUCCGUCAUCUCGCCCGACCCCUACAUCCAGGUGAACGAGAUCGGAGUGCCGCCCGUCUUUGCCAAGCGACUCACGUACGCUGAGACCGUAACGGAUUGGAACGUGGAGUAUCUGGCACGACUCGUGGAGAACGGGGCGGACGUGUUACCCGGAGCCACACACGUGGAGGACGAGAGGGGGCAGCUCGUCUCCCUCGCCAACCUCAACCCCGACCGCCGGAGGGCCCUCGCCCGCACGCUCCUCUCCACGCCCUCUGCUGCUGCGCUGGCGGCCAAUCAGCGCGCGACAGGUGUCCACGUGAAGGACGGCGAGGGGAAGAAGGCGGGAGGGGAGGGAGCUGCGGUGGAGGGGAAGGGGGUGCAUGUGCGGCGCGCGAUGGUGAAAUCGGUGUAUCGACACAUGAGGGAUGGCGACGUGGUGCUGGUUAACCGACAGCCCACGCUGCAUCGCCCUGGUAUCAUGGCGCACCGAGUGAAGAUCCUCAAGGGGGAGAAGACCCUGCGCCUGCACUACGCCAACUGCAAUGUGUACAACGCGGACUUUGACGGGGACGAGAUGAACGUGCAUCUGCCUCAGGACUCCCUGGGGCGAGCAGAAGCAUACUCGAUAGUAGACGCUGACUUACAGUACAUACUGCCCACCAAUGGGCUGCCUGCCCGAGGGCUCAUUCAGGACCAUAUUAUCGCGGCAACUCUCCUCACCUCGCCAGGAACGCUGCUCACGCGCACCGAAUUCCAGCACCUGCUCUUCUCCGCUUGCAUCCCCCCGCCCGACACCCCUUUCCAAGCCCCACCUGCCAAACCCGCCGCUGCCGCUGCUCCUGCCGCUGCUGCUGGUGCUGCUGUCGACCCAGCAGGCACGGCAGCAGCAGCAGCAGCACCCAGGAGGAUCCGCGCCCUCCCUGAUGCCGGUGCUGCCAUCACCAUGCCGCCCCCUGCUGUCGUGAAGCCGCAACCGCUGUGGACUGGCAAGCAGGUGAGCGACGGGAGAGCUGGUGAGUGUGGGGAGGUGGUGAGGGCCAAGGAACGAGGGGAGAUCACGGCGCUGCUGCAGCUGCUGACAGAGGGGCAGCAGCUGUUGACAAUGGCAGCUGCCAUGCAACGAUGGUGUGAUCACCGCGCUGCUACAGCUGCUGACGGAGGGGCAGCAGCCAAUGACAAUGGAGGUGGCGUGCAAGGUGUCGGCGCGCUAUUGGGGCAAGGGGCGGCAGGAGGACGCCACACUGCGGGUGCGGGGCGGCGAGGUGGUGACGGGAGUGUGCGGGGCGGCGAGGUGGUGACAGGGGUGUUUGACAAGGCGCAGUUCGCCCGCUUCGGCCUCGUGCACUGCUUCCAGGAGCUCUACGGCUGCCCUGCCGCGGGGAAACUGCUCUCCUCUCUCAGCCGCCUUCUCACCACCUUCCUCCAGAUCCGCGGGUUCACCUGCGGGGUGGGCGAUCUGCUGCUGACAGCGCCGGCAGAGGCGGAGCGGGAGGCAAUCAUAUCGCGCGCGGACAGCAUCGGGGAUCCCGUGCACGCACAGUUCGUGGGGCUCACUGGGAAGAAGGCGGAGACUGCCAACAAGGAGUGGGUGAGGGAGCACGUGGCAUUACAACUGCGCACGCGGAAAGACGCGGCCACAGCCGCACUCGACAACCGGAUGACCUCCGCUCUCAGCAAGGUCACCACCGCCGCAACCUCCGCCGCGCUGCCCGACGGGCAGCUGAAACCUUUCCCGGCCAAUUGCAUGUCGCUGAUGACGGUCACGGGCGCCAAGGGCAGCGGCGUGAAUUUCAACCAGAUUGCGGUGCUGCUGGGGCAGCAGGAGCUGGAGGGGAAGCGCGUGCCACGGAUGGCGUCGGGGAAGACUCUGCCUUGCUUUGAGGCGUGGAGCAGCGAGGCCCGGGCGGGCGGGUUCAUUGCUGAUCGAUUUCUUACUGGAUUGCGGCCGCAGGAAUAUUACUUCCAUUGCAUGGCAGGCAGAGACGGGCUCGUGGACACAACGGUCAAGACAUCCCGCAGUGGGUACCUGCAGCGGUGCCUGGUGAAGAACCUGGAGGGGCUGAGGGUGCACUACGACUACAGCGUGCGGGACAGCGAUGCAUCGAUUGUGCAGUUCCGAUAUGGAGAGGACGCGAUCGACACCAGCAGGACCUCUUUCCUCACCAACUUCGAGUUCAUCAAAGAGAAUGAGCAGCAGGUGGCAUCGGCCCUCCGAUUGGACGAAGCCAAGGCUCUCGGCCUCGAGACGAUGCCUCCGCGUGCCACCGCUGGUGCUGAUUCAGCAGACCCAGCAGAAACAGCAACAGCGGCAACAGAGGCAGCAGAGGUGAUGGAUGUGGAGUGUCCCGGAUCGAAGCUCGGGGUUGUUUCCCCCGCCUUUGAGGCUGCGUCCGAGAAGUUUCUGCAGUCGGCGGUUCUGGGGAAGGGUGCGAAGGGAGCCGGGAAGAAGGGGAAGAAGAAGGAUGCAGAGCGGUUGAGAGAGGUGCUGGAGAUGAAGUAUCUGGCGUCCACUGUGCAACCAGGGGAGCCGGUGGGGGUGCUUGCGGCUCAAUCAGUCGGGGAACCCUCCACACAGAUGACGCUGAACACGUUCCAUUUCGCAGGGCGAGGAGAGGCAAACGUGACUCUGGGGAUUCCCCGCCUGCGAGAAAUCCUCAUGACGGCUGCUCGCAACAUCUCCACGCCUGUCAUGAACUGCCCCCUGCUGCCCGGCCGCACGCUUGAGGACGCCCAACGCAUAGCCAACAAGCUCCGUCGGAUCACAAUGGCCGAACUGAUCUCAGCCAUCCAUGUCUCGGAGCGCACAGAUCUGGUGCAGAUCAACGGUGGAGGUCGCAACUCGAGGCGCUACAUCAUCCGCCUGGCCUUUCACCCCACCAGCCGCUACCCUGCCGACCUUGACCUCAAGUUCGAAGAAAUCAAGGCCGCGUUCAGUUACGAGUUUGCUCCCAGGGUCGGGAAAGAUCUUGAGAGGGCGUUGGAUCGGGCGGGAGGUGGGGGUGUGGUGGUUAUGGCUGAGGGCCGUGGGGAGAAAGAAAGGGGUGAGGGAGAGGGGGAGGAUGGGGAGGGGGAAGGGGAGGUGGAGGGGAAGAGGAAAGGAGGUAAGAAGGGAGGGAAGAAGGAAGGGAUGGUUGAUGGGGAAGCGGAGGAAGAGGAGGAAGAGGAGGAGGGAGGGGAGGAGGAUGGGAAGGAUGCUGAGAAGGAGCGCGGGCAAGGGGAUGAUGAACAAGAGUAUGAGGAGGAGGAAGAGGAGGAAGAGGAGGAAGAAGAAGAGGAAGAUGAGGAAGAGGAGGAAGUGGUGGAGGGAGAGGAGGGGGUGGAGCAGGCAGAGGGGGAGGGUAAGGGCUCUGCUAAGAGAGGGCCAGGUAGUGCAGGUAAAGUAAAGGUGGAGGAGGAGGAAGAGGAGGAGGAACAGGAGGAAGAGGAAGACGAGGAGGAGGAGGAAGAAGAGAUGGAGCUGUCGGUGCCGGUGACGUCACCCGCUGUUCUCAUCCAUGAGAUCGUGGACAAGGUGGCGGCAGCAGUGGUGGUGCGAGCAACCCCGGGAGUGCAGCGCUGCGCCGCUCUCGAACCAGCAUCCCCAGGCCAGCCGCCCCGCAUCCAAGUCGAGGGACUCAACUUCCCUGGUCUCUGGAACCUCGCAGUAUCAACCAUGGGGAAGCACGACGACGAAGGGGUUCUGGAUCUGAAUCGCCUCUCGACGAAUCACAUCGCGGCGGUUCUGACGACGCUUGGAGUGGAGGCGGCGCGAGCGACGAUCGUGAAGGAGGUUCCGACGCUCGACGAAUACGAGAGCAUUCGCGCGCGCGUGUCGAUCGAGCCGUUCACGUGCGCGCACGCGCGGCGGUGGAAGCCGUCGUGCUCGUGCGCGGACGAGCCGGAUUUGGUGCAGGACGGCACGUACAUGUGGGCGCUCGACCGCCCGGAUAUCCCGCAGCCGCCCCCCGGCUGGCGGCGGCGCAUCGUUGUUCGCGGAGGGUCCUCCGCAAAGUUCUCGGACGUGUACUACCAUUCGCCCUGUGGCAAGUCGUUGAGAUCAGUCAAUGACGUCGAACGGUUCCUAGCAGACCACCCCAAGUACCGCAUGCAGGGCAUCACGUCGCGGCAGUUCUCCUUCUCCUCCCCUCGCCCCGCCCCCGCUGCCGCCCCCGUCAAGAACCACUUGCAGAAACGUCCGCAGGACGCCUCCCCACCAUCCGGCCCGCUGGGUAAACGGCGAGUUGCAGCCAGCCCAGUAGAGUAG